GGGAACCUAGAUUCGGCCUGGACUCCAGGAGCAGAGGACAGGCUCUGAGUUCUCUUUUGGCUUCAGGUUGGGCAGAAGGGAGCCUCAGCAAGAAAAGAUGUCCACCGAGGAUGUGGACGGGCAGCGCAGUGACCCUGGGGAGCGAGGACGAGGCCGGAGCUGCACGCCGCUCAGGGUGGUCCAGCCGGUGUUUAACCACAGUAUUUUCACUUCCGCAGUCUCCCCUGCGGCCGAGCGCAUCCGAUUCAUCCUGGGCGAGGAGGAUGACAGCCCGGCGCCUCCUCAGCUUUUCACCGAGCUGGACGAGCUGCUGGCCGUGGACGGGCAGGAGAUGGAGUGGAAGGAGACGGCCAGGUGGAUUAAGUUUGAAGAAAAAGUGGAACAGGGCGGGGAGAGAUGGAGCAAGCCCCACGUGGCCACCUUGUCCUUGCAUAGCUUAUUCGAGCUGAGGACGUGCAUGGAGAAAGGCUCCAUCAUGCUAGACCGGGAGGCCUCUUCCCUCCCGCAGUUGGUGGAGAUGAUUGUUGACCACCAGAUCGAGACAGGACUGUUGAAACCCGACCUUAAGGAUAAGGUAACCUACACUUUGCUCCGGAAGCACCGGCAUCAAACCAAGAAAUCCAAUCUCCGUUCCCUGGCCGACAUUGGGAAGACCGUCUCCAGUGCAAGUAGGAUGUUUACCAACCCCGACAAUGGUAGCCCAGCCAUGGCCCAUAGGAAUCUGACUUCCUCCAGUCUGAAUGACAUUUCUGAUAAGCCAGAGAAAGACCAGCUGAAGAACAAGUUCAUGAAAAAGCUGCCGCGUGACGCCGAGGCUUCCAACGUGCUCGUCGGGGAAGUGGACUUCCUGGACACGCCGUUCAUCGCCUUCGUGCGGCUGCAGCAGGCCGUCAUGCUGGGGGCCAUGACCGAGGUGCCCGUGCCCACCAGGUUCUUGUUCAUUCUCUUAGGUCCAAAGGGGAAAGCCAAGUCCUACCACGAGAUUGGCAGAGCCGUUGCCACCCUGAUGUCCGAUGAGGUCUUCCAUGACAUUGCUUAUAAAGCAAAGGACAGACAUGACCUGAUUGCUGGCAUUGAUGAGUUCCUAGAUGAAGUCAUUGUCCUUCCACCUGGGGAAUGGGACCCCACCAUUAGGAUAGAACCUCCCAAGAGUCUUCCUUCAUCAGACAAAAGGAAGAAUAUGUACUCAGGAGGAGAGAACGUGCAGAUGAACGGAGACACGCCCCACCACGGAGCGCCCGGAGGGGGCGGGCACGGGGACUGCGAAGAGCUCCAGCGCACCGGACGGUUCUGCGGCGGGCUGAUCAAGGACAUCAAGAGGAAGGCGCCCUUCUUCGCCAGCGACUUCUACGACGCUCUGAACAUCCAGGCGCUCUCGGCCAUCCUCUUCAUCUACCUGGCCACCGUCACCAACGCCAUCACCUUCGGAGGACUGCUCGGGGACGCCACCGACAACAUGCAGGGUGUGUUGGAGAGUUUCCUGGGUACCGCUGUCUCUGGAGCUGUUUUCUGCCUUUUCUCUGGCCAGCCACUCACUAUUUUGAGCAGCACAGGACCGGUCUUAGUUUUUGAGAGGCUUCUAUUUAAUUUCAGCAAGGACCAUAACUUUGACUACUUGGAGUUUCGACUUUGGAUUGGCCUGUGGUCGGCCUUCCUGUGUCUCAUUUUGGUCGCCACCGAUGCCAGCUUCCUGGUCCAGUACUUCACCCGCUUCACGGAAGAGGGCUUCUCCUCUCUAAUUAGCUUCAUCUUUAUCUAUGACGCAUUCAAGAAGAUGAUCAAGCUCGCGGAUUACUACCCCAUCAAUUCCGACUUCCAAGUGGGCUACAACACUCACUUCUCCUGUGCCUGCGUGCCCCCCGACCCAGUUAAUAUCUCAAUAUCUAAUGAUACUACACUGGCCCCAGAAGAUUUCCCAACUAUGUCUUCUACUGAUAUGGAUCCUAAUUCUACCUUCCACUGGGCGUCUUUGUCGAUGAAGGAGUGUUUGAAAUAUGGAGGAAAGCUCGUGGGCAACAACUGCGCCUUCGUCCCUGACAUCACACUCAUGUCUUUCAUCCUCUUCCUGGGCACCUACACCUCCUCCAUGGCUCUGAAAAAAUUCAAGACCAGCCGCUAUUUCCCGACCACAGCAAGAAAACUGAUCAGUGAUUUUGCCAUUAUCUUGUCCAUUCUCAUAUUUUGUGGGAUAGAUGCUCUGGUAGGUGUGGACACUCCAAAACUAAUUGUGCCAAGCGAGUUCAAGCCAACAAGUCCACACCGGGGCUGGUUUGUUCCCCCAUUCGGAGGAAACCCCUGGUGGGUAUACCUUGCUGCUGCUAUUCCUGCCUUGUUGGUCACUAUUCUCAUUUUCAUGGACCAACAAAUCACAGCUGUGAUCGUAAACAGGAAAGAACACAAACUCAAGAAAGGGGCUGGCUACCACCUGGAUCUCUUCUGGGUGGCUAUCCUCAUGGUGGUGUGCUCCUUCAUGGCUCUCCCCUGGUACGUGGCCGCCACGGUCAUUUCCAUCGCUCACAUCGACAGCCUGAAGAUGGAGACGGAGACGUCGGCCCCUGGAGAACAGCCCAAGUUUCUCGGAGUGAGGGAACAGAGGGUUACUGGAACCCUUGUGUUUAUUCUGACUGGCCUGUCCGUCUUCAUGGCGCCCAUCUUGAAGUUCAUCCCCAUGCCUGUACUGUAUGGUGUGUUCCUCUACAUGGGAGUGGCCUCACUGAACGGAGUGCAGUUCAUGGAUCGCCUGAAGUUGCUCCUGAUGCCCCUGAAGCACCAGCCGGACUUUAUCUACCUGCGCCACGUGCCCCUGCGCCGCGUCCACCUCUUCACCUUCCUGCAGGUGUUAUGUCUGGCCUUGCUCUGGGUCCUCAAGUCAACAGUGGCUGCUAUCAUUUUUCCGGUCAUGAUUUUGGCUCUUGUAGCUGUCAGAAAAGGUAUGGACUACCUUUUCUCCCAGCAUGACCUCAGCUUCCUUGAUGACGUCAUUCCAGAAAAGGACAAGAAAAAGAAGGAAGAUGAGAAGAAGAAGAAAAAGAAGAAGGGAAGUUUGGACAGCGACAAUGAUGAUUCUGACUGCCCAUACUCAGAAAAGGUUCCCAGUAUUAAAAUCCCAAUGGACAUCAUGGAACAGCAACCCUUCCUAAGCGAUAGCAAACCUUCCGACAGAGAAAGAUCAUCAACAUUCCUUGAACGCCACACAUCAUGCUGAUAAAAUUCCUUUCCUUCAGUCUCUCGGUAUGCCAAGUCCUCCUAGAACUCCAGUGAAAGUUGUGCCUCAAAUUAGAGUAGAACUUGAGCCUGAAGACAGUGAUCACUCGUGGAGGAGCAAGGGAACAGAAACUACAUUGUAACCUGUUUGUCUUUCUUUCACAUUGACAAGUUUUGUUGUGAACGUUGCUGUUUCCUUUUUUGUUUUGUCCAGAUGUUGUUUAUUAUUUUUAAUUUGUGUUUCGUUUUAGUCUUUGGUCACUGUCCAAGUCCAGAAGUCUCUCUGCUUCUCUCUUGCAUAGGUAACACCCAGACCCUUGUGCUCUACUCCUUGUAAACAGCAUCUGAGGAAGUCCCUCACCUUCUCAAGCUUUCUUAAGACAGAUCCUCUGACAGAUUCUUCUGUCUCUGAAGACACGCACAGAUCCUACGUGGUUUGUUUUUUCUUUGAGUAAGCAGAGGUCAGAAGUAUUAAGGAUUUUUAAACACCUUUUAUUAAACUAUUGAAGGAACUGAAAACUUUAGCUUUGGAGCUCCGCUUACUGGCUUGUCUUUGUCUGGGAGAACAAACCCAGAACUCCAGACAGAGCCAGUUCCCCCGGCCAGGCUCCGCAGGACUGAAACCAUGCUGCUUUUCUAGCCUGCUCUUGCUUGUCAGCCCUAACCGUAGACUUACUGUAAGAAGACAAUCUAAAGGUACUUCUACCCCAUAGAGAGAAACCAUUGCCACCAUUGUAGCAAGUGCUGGAAUGUCCCUUUUUCCUAUGCAACUUUUUUUAACCCUUUAAUGAACUUCUCUGUUGAGUACAUUGAAGAAUAUUUUUCUUCCUAGAUUUUGUUGUUUAAAUUAUGGGGCCUAACCUGCAACUUAUUUUUUGUCAACUUUUUAAACUUUUUUUUUAAUUACUGUAAAGAAAAUGAAUUUUUCCUGCAGCAGGAAACAUAGUUUUGAGUAGUUCUACCUCUUAUUUGUAGCUGCCAGGCUUUCUGUAAAAAUGGUAUUGUAUAUAAAUGUGAUUUUUACAUGCACACACACACACUC